AUGGUGCACUACGUGGACGUACACCUGCCGUGGACGCACUCCCUCUGCGCCUGCUGCCUCCCCCGCAUGCUCCGCCCCGCCCCUCCCGUCGCCUUCCAAAUCUCCUCGCUCACCUCCCUGCGCAAGCACCUGCAGCAGCCGGUGCCGCCCUCCAUGCCGCCCUUCCUCUUCGGCCACAAGCCCCCGUGCUUCAUCACCGCCUACUCCGCCACCGUCCGGCUCUCCGCCCCUCCUCCCCGCCCUCCAGGCCGUUCUGCUGCCUCCGAAGAGCGUGCAGCAGCACCGUCGGUGAAGCAACAGUAUCGGUGGAAGGUGGACUCGGCUCCUGUGGUUGCAGCUGAUGCCAUGAUGCUCGAGUGGAUGGCAGAGCCACGUCUGGCGUUUCAGUUCGGCGCGGGGCGGCAGGCUAGGGGCGACUGCUUGGCAUCGCUGCUGCUGCAGGUGUUGGGAUUGAAGGGGAAGGAACAGCUGGAGACCGGCUUUGCUGCCCACCUGCUGCCGCUGCUGCCGGGGGGAAGGCACGCGCAUGGGCAGGCUGGAGGGGGAGGGGGAAGGCAGGGUACGGAGAGGGGAAGUGUGGAGGAGUGGAGGGAGGGGUUGGGAGGGGUGGAGUGGGAGGAGUAUGUGCAGCGCGUGGGGGAGAUUGUCGCCCAGGGAGGUCUUGCAGGCCAGCAGUACCGCUGCUGCUGCUCGCAGUGUGGUGAAGGCGAGGGAGCUGAGGGAAGCUCGACUGAGACUACGCCAUUCGCCCGCGCUGCUGCUAUCGUCUUCUCGGAUUGUGCUGGCAGCCGCCACAAGGAGAGCGUGGAAGGCGCUGCUGUGGAGGAGGCAGUCACCGACUUUCAGGGGGGAGAGAAGCACAGAGGGCAGUGGAGAAGGUUUGGCAAGGAUGGUCUGGGAGGAGUUUCCAGGGGGGACAGGGCAGUAGUGGCUGAGGUAGUGAAGGACACUGUGGGAAAGUUUUUUGGACAGAGCACCUUCCACGUGGGGGCGUUUCGUGGCGACAGGGAGUUGGACAAGGAGGAGGUGCAGAAGGAGUACAAUGUGAGGGAGUUCCACCCGCCCCCGGCCCAAGUGGACACCUUUACGGUUCGCUCUCCUUACCUCCCUGGUGGCGAGAUCACUGUGCAGGUCAACACAAGUGGUCCCAUCUUCCCCACGCUGGGCCACCGUGUGGAGGAGUUUUUGAGAAGGUUCGCCCCUGCAAGGCUGGCAAGGGAGGGCAGGAACGGCCCUCUGGCCAAGGCUAUCAUCUCCUGGGCUGGCCGCUCGGGCCUCGGGGAUCGAGCCUGGGCUGCUAUGGCUCUGGGCCGGUAUGCUCACGGCAAGAUAAAGCCCAUCUUGCGGUCUGAAGCUAAGGUGGAUGUGUAUAUAAAGCUGAUCGCAAACGCCGUUUCUUCCAUUCCUGUCUGCAGCCGCUGCCACCGCUGCAUUUGCAUAUACUACCUGGCUGUAAACUACACCUCGCUCGUCGCCACUUUCGCCUACCGCCCCUCGUCCGCGCUGCUGCGCUGCCUCCUCUCGCUUUUCCCGGCCCGCUCGUCCCGCUUCAGAGAGCUCCUGGAGAAUCUGGGCGUGGCGCCUGUCCCGGCGGUGGUCCCGGACUCGCUGGUGGCGGCGCUGCUGGAAGGCGUGGAGGGGGAGAAGCAGCAGCAGCAGCAGCAGGGGGGGGAGGAGUGGAGGAUGUGGGAGGAGGUGGACAGCUGGUGCAUGGCGGCUGGGAACGCUUGGCCUGCUGUGGAGGCCCACGACUCGCCGCUGCAGAUGGGAGCAGGUAAAAGGGUUGGGCGUGUGGAGGGGGAGGUGUCGGAUGAGUGCUGUGAGGGCAUGAGGUGCGCAAUGAAGGACGCUGGGAAGCGGCAGAAGGGGAGGGUAGGGGCGUGGUACCUGGUGCCGUGGCCGGGGGGGGUGAAUCCUCUGGCAUGUUUGAGGGAGAUGCUGCUGGGGGAGACCAGCUACUGCCCCCAGGCCCACGUGGAUGCUGGUGCUGCAGCUGUUGGCGGUGCUGCUGCUGCUGCCCCUGGUGAGGGGCGCAGUAGCAAGGGAGGGCAGCGUGGGUGUGUGUCGGCACAGUGUGGCAGCGAAGGAGGGCCGCGAGGCUGUGCCUCCCCGCGGUGUGGCAAGGUGGAAGGGGUGGGGGUGCAGCUCAAGGUGUGUGCGCGCUGCGAUAAGGCUGCCUACUGCAGCAGGGAGUGCCAUAACUCCCACUGGCCCUCGCACAAGCUCAUAUGUCAGGUCAAGGGGAAGGAAAAGGUAGAGGAAUAA